CGAGAGAGACACAGAGAGAAGGAGCUAUCGAGAGUGACAACAGGAGUCGUGCCAUUUCCCAUCGCCGGUGUUUAAACUACCCGUCUCUUUCACGCCGGAAAGGAGGAGAAGGCUCGACGUUUCUCGAGUGAUCUUCCACAAGAGAGCCCGGGCCAACUUGUCCGUUGCAAAAGCAUUCGCACGACGACUUCUUCUCCCCAAAAUUACCCCGUAUCCUUUCCGCUCGGUCGAUGUCGCGCGUCAUAGAGACACGGGCCUUUCGCAGGGCGUCGGCAGCGAGACGCCCCGCUCCCCCGGUGUCCCGCUCGGACCGGAUCCCACCGCCGCCGUCGGCCUCGGAGAUGCACGCCGAAGCGGCCAGGUUGCUGUCCUUCUCCGAGGGGUGGCCCGAGUCGUCCCCCGUGCGGUCCGCGGACUUGGCGCGGGCCGGACUCUACCGCGUGGGUCCCGACGACCUGGUGGCCUGUUUCCGCUGCGGCGGGAUGAUGCAUCGCUGGAAGGCGGGAGACGACCCCGUCCGGGAGCACGCCAGGCACUUCCCCGCCUGUGCUCUCAAGGCUCAACUACCGGGACAGACGCCGCAGAGUACAACUGCGGAGAUUGAGCACGCAUCGCCAUCGGUCGAGGAGCUUCUGGACAAGCUGGAAGAGCGGCUGUCCUGCAAAGUGUGCAUGGAGCACGAGGUGUCCAUCAUCUUCACGCCGUGCAGACACGUGGUGACGUGCGGCCACUGCGCCCUCUCCCUGAGCGAGUGUCCCGUGUGCCGCGUGGCCGUGAGAAGGGCGCUCCGGGCCAUCAUGGCUUAGGCGGACGGCCGUGGGAAGGAAGAGAGAGAAACGACCGCCCGGGAUUCCGACCGUUGGGGCCAGUUAGUUGAUUAACCCCUCCUCCCUCUCCCGUUGCGAGACAUAGGCCGGUCGCUGGCAAGCGGUGAGAGGCACGGGGAGGGCAAUUUAACUCGGCCACCGCCCUCCACCCAUAGAUCAGCUUAUUUUUUGGUUUCCGGAAUGUGAAAGGGUUCAUUGAUAACGAUCAGAGUGUGGUGAUUUGAAGGCGUACGAUGUCAGACUUUGAAAGUGAAGAAGUGAAGUUUAAGGCUGUUCUUUAAUUUGUACUUUAACCAGGAUGGUACGCAAAGUUUAUUUGUUAACAAUUUAUACAUUUGUGAGUUAUUACAUUUACAACUCUGUGGGACACAGUGCAAUGGGUUUAAGGGUCAAAGAUUGCGGUGAUUUUAAGGCAAAUAUACAUUUGUGAGUUAUUACACUUACAACUCUGUGGGACACAAUGCAAUGGGUGGAAGGGUCAAAGAUUGCGGUGAUUUUAAGGCGAAUAUACAUUUGUGAGUUAUUACACUUACAACUCUGUGGGACACAAUGCAAUGGUGGCAUGGGAAAGCGUUAACACGAGUGCGGUGAUUUGAAGGCGUUUGAUGCCAGACUUGAAGUGAAGAAGUUAUGUUAAAGACUGUUCUGUAACCUUUAUUUGAAUUGGAAUGUUACGCAAAGUUUCCGUGUGUAAAACAAUUUUACAUUUGUGAGUUAUUACAUUUAUAAGUGCCGGUAGCCUUCACAGCUGCUGCUACUCGCUACACGGCGGUGGAUGGGUGAUUUUUGGGCUGUGUGUGGACCGCUUUGUGCUUUUGUUUCUAAAAAGUGGCGGGUUUUUUUCCCUCUCUGUCGCGUGAGAAAUAAUUUUAGGGGAUUCUAGAUUUGAAGCUUUCGUGACUGCAAGGAUUCAUACUCUUAUUUUUUUCGGUAAAGUCACUUAGGUAAAAAAUGAAAUUUAAAUUAAUAAAAAUAAAAGAAUAAAAAUCCCGACGUUUCGGAGGCAACACAAGCUUCUGACUUCAGGUGAAACUGUCAGCAAAAUAUAUAUGAGAACAUAGUAA